UUUCUUCUACACUUCCCUGCACCUCACAUUCAUUAAGCCACAAACUGAGCAUUUAUCAUCCUUGCAAGAAGACUCUUGAGGGAAGAGCAAAACAUGGCCCUGGAAAACUGUUUUCAACUGAGCUCAGUUUGCACCACUAGAGCUGCCGUGAUGCAAAGCUACCACUUUCGUUUUUCAUCUGUUGAGAAGAUUCAUUUGCCUGCAUUUCGAGGGUUGAACAAACCCAAUCCCUCGUUCUCUUCGUCUUCAUCUUUUGCUCAUUCAUUCAAAGGCAGGUGCCAAAAAUCUAGGCUCAUCUGCAAAGCUCGUGAAGCUGUUGAUCAAGUUGAAGCGGUAACAGAAGCAAACUGGGGAGACGUGGUGGUGCUGGGGAGUAAAACUCCAGUUCUGGUGGAGUUUUGGGCACCAUGGUGCGGACCCUGCCGCAUGAUUGAGCCGGUGAUAGCCGACUUAGCAAAAGAAUAUGGCGGAAAGAUCGCUUGUUACAAGCUCAACACCGAUGAAAGCCCCAACAUUGCGACAGAGUUCGGCAUCAGGAGCAUCCCCACCAUGCUGUUUUUCAAGAAUGGGGAGAAGAAAGAGAGCAUCAUCGGUGCGGUACCCAAGUCUACCUUGUCUGCUAGCAUUAACAAAUAUAUCGAUACCUGAAACAGAUCAAAGUAAUGAUAGCCUGUUCAUGCAAUCCCAGCUUUUAUAUAUACUUCAUUCAAAAUGAACCUUUUGUUUGUUUACUCAUGAUGUGAAUAUUACCAGUCAAAUAUACUUCGCCUUUCA